AUGUCGACGACUGUGGUUGAGGCACCUGUCAAGGAGCUUGCAACUUUGAAGCUCGUUCCUGGCGAGACCGAGAAAGAGCAGAAGGACAAGAUAAUCAAGUCUGUUUUGGACCGUAUUGCCAAACAAACUUAUGGCGACUGGAGAGACGAGCUGUUGGAGAACGGAUAUGUUGUUGUGAAGAACGUCAUUCCUCGUGAGAAGGCCCGAGAAUACCAGAAACAGGCGUUCAAGUGGAUGAACCGGUUCAGCGACAAGUUUGAUCCCCAAAACCCAGAAACGUGGGUCCGCGAGAACCUGCCGCCAUCUUCAAAGAUCAACUCGUUUAGCACGCAUUGUCUUCCGCACGAGAAGUUCAUUUGGGACGUUCGGAUGGAGCCCGGCGUUCUAAAGGCGUUUGAGGAUCUGUGGGGCACAGAGAAGCUGGUUGUUUCGUUUGAUGCCAUGAACGUGACGUUUCCUAACCGGAAGGACAAGGAGCCAUUGGCCGCGUGGCCGCACGUUGACCAGUCGCCAUAUCUGCGCGGGAUGCAGUGUUCGCAGGGAAUUGUCAGUUUGAGCGACAGUGGUCCGGAAGAUGGCGGACUGGUGGUCUACCGGGGCACACAUAAAUUGGUGGACGAGUUCUUCGAUACCGUCGUUCCCAAGGAGGAAUGGAACGAGAAGAACUUCCACACUAUGACCAAGGACCAGCUUCAAUGGUUUCUGGACCGCGGGUGCGAGGAGGUCAAGGUGGAGUGCGAGGCAGGCGAUCUGAUCAUCUGGGACUCCAGAACCAUCCAUUGGGGCAAAGAGCCGUCUGAGACCAGCAAAACCAUCCGUACCGCGGUGUAUGCUUGUUACACGCCGGUGGAGUUUGCGUCGCAGAAGUGUCUGGACGACAAAAAGGCCAUUUUCGAGUCUUGGGAGGGAACUACCCACUGGUCCCACGGAGAGGUUCUACGUAGAAGUAGAAAGGCGUACCAUCCUGACGGAACCGAGUUCGAAAACAACAGAGACGAGCCUUUUGAAAAGCCUGUUCUUUCCGACAGACUGUUACAGCUUGCUGGCGCUAAAAGUUAUGACUAG